AUGUUUGGUCCUAGUAACCAACAUAGAAAACAGUCCAAAAAUACAUGCAAUCCACUAUAUGGUGAUAUACAUUAUUACACGUAUUCUGGUGAUUUAUGGUCAGAAUCUAAUUAUGUACUAGGACGUUUUAUAUCAGAAUUCGGCAUACAAUCUAUUCCGUCUCCAUUAGCUUGGGCCAGAUCAAUUUCAAAUAUAUCAGAUCCAAAACAAUGGGAUGUAUUCGGUUCACUGAUGGACCAUAGACAACAUCAUCAAUUAGGUCAUCAAAUUCUCAGAUUAGCGCUUGAGUAUAUUACGGAACCAGCAAAUAGACAAGAUCCGAUUCGCAAUUACAGUCGAUGGGCAUAUGUAAGUCAAUUAAAUCAACUCAUGUGUUUACGUACUCAAAUCAAUUUAUAUAUGAGGCAUAAAUGUCGAUUAAAAUUAACAAAUUUUACAAUUAUAUCAACUAAUAAAUUUAUUACAAUGGGUACAAUAUAUUGGCAAUUAAAUGAUAUAUGGUCAACACCUAGUUGGUCAACUAUAGAUUCAGUUGGUCAAUGGAAAUUAUCACAUUAUAAUGCUAUAAAAGAAUAUUAUGAUUUAACAAAAUGGGGACGUAUAGCUAUACAUCAUAAUAAUGAAAUAAUUGAAGCUGAUUGGAUACCAAAUACAAAUAAUAAAAAUAAUAAUUUAUUUCCUAUUGAAUUUGAAUUAAUUUGUUAUACAAUUUGGUCAUUUAUACCAACAUAUCGUGAAAUGUUAAAUAUUUCUAUAAAACAUUUUAUUCAAUGUCCAAUAAAUAUAUUAAAUAAAUCUUUAAAUGAUUUAAAUAAAUUAUGCCAUUUCAAUCAUAGAAAUGGUAGAAUAAUUCAAAUUAUUAUAAAAAAUAAUUUAAAUUCUAUAAUAUCUGAUAGAAAUUUAUUAUUAUUAGAUAAACCAAUACAAAUUAAAAUAUGGCCUAAAAAUGCUGGAAAAACAUUACAAAUCAAAUCAAUCAAAUUAUUGAAUAUAAUGAAUAAUUUAUUAAACAUUCAAAAAAUGGCACCAUUUUUAACUAAUCAUAUUUAUGAAAUUAUAAUUGAAUCAAAAUCACCAGAAUUAUUUAUUAAUUUAGAUAUAGAUCCAAGAAUUGAUGUAGAAUUUUGGUUUUCAAUAAAUGGAUUUCAUUUAAUAAAUGAAAAGGAAAAAAUAAUAAAUUUAUUUAUAUCAGGAAAUAAAACAAUUUCAAUAGAUGUAUUAAAACAUUAUUUAUGGAUUGAAUCACUUGCAACAUUGAAUAUGAAAGAAUUGUGA